UGAGAUGGAUUUUGGAACUUAGUUCUUUGAACACAAUCCAUAUAGCAGUAUGCAAAGUUGUUUUAUCUAGACAAUGUAAGUUGAAUUCCUAACAGCUGUUUAAGAGGCAAUGACGAUCAUGUUAGCUGUUUAUAUUAAUCUAGGCCUGCAUUCAAAUGGUACUAAUGAGCAGAACUAACUUUGACCUUCAGACACACCAGGGAAGGCAUCGGAUCCCAUUACAGAUGGUUGUGAGCCACCAUGCGGUUGCUGGGAAUUGAACUCAGGACCUCUGGAAGAGCAGUCAGUGCUCUUAACCACUGAGCCAUCUCUCCAGCCCAACUUUGGCCUUCUUACAACAGCUCCUGUGGAGUUUCGAUUUGCAAAAAAUUUGCCACUAAUUGAGAAAGGGAAAAUGAAUGAGAUUCGCAAUUGAUUCUAGGCUUCCUGGUAAUUUAUGUUACAUGGCACAUUACUGAACUUUAUUGACAUGUUAAUGAAUUUCCCUUAAAAAGCAAAUCAUUUUACUUUAUUCUGACGGAAGAGUUCUACACCAUUGGGCUAUUGCUGUAUAUUUGCAUCUGUAGGACUGGUCGCGUUUCUGUUAACUUCUGUCUUACCCCAACUCUGUAUGUUUGGUUCAGCUGUUUGCUGGCCUUUAUUAAGGCCAGAGAUGGGGAACCCACUUUACCCUGGCCUUGGUUAAACUGAAGGAAGGAAGUAUGUAGGGUGAAGACUGACCUCCUCCCUUUUCUUAAUUUAACUUUCCUUAAUGGACAGGAAGGAAUUGGGAGGGACAGAAAUUUAACUUUGGUGUUCAAGGAGACAGAUGUGCUAUUGCUUAAUAAUUCUUUGCCUGUUUGUAAAAAAGGAGGAAAAUGGUUUUUUGUGUACAGUUUAGGACUAAAUGUAGCAUGACUAGCAUAUUAUUAAAUAGUAUUUAAAAUUUUUGAUACACAAUUAAUACUCUAGUAUUUUGAUAAUUAUUGGCAAUAUAAGGUAAAUGUUUCUUCUUUUAAAUUAUUCUAAGCUGCAAAAGCUAAAAUAUAGUACUAAGAACUUCCUGAAGUAUUGGAUUUUCAGUUUCUACACGAAGACAUUUCUGGUAUACUUAACAUAUUUUAAUAUCUGCAGUUAACAUGGAAUUUGACACACCAGUUAACUUCUUACCUCUUAAUUUUGGGAAACAUCAGUCAACUGUACUUAUUACAGUUAUAGUUGUCUGCAUUUCCCAGAGUUUGGAAAUUAAAUUAGUGGUCACAUCUAAAUGAUAUGAAUCUAGGUUUUGUAUCAAAUAUCUAACUUUCCCCCGUUCCUAGGAUUUCUGUACCACAUUUUGAUACCUUAAAUCUCAUAUAAUUUAAUGAAUUUGUUUUACAAUGGCUGUGCUAGUAGAGACAUUGUUUGGAAGUCAAGGAAAAGGAGGAAGUGUAGGAAAUGAAGAAUGUAUGUAUUCAUUUUUAACUAUUAAAAACGUACUAGCUUUAAUAUUUUCUGUUACAAUGAGUGGAUUAUAACUCAUGUUUUUGCUGCUGCCAUGAGUUAUUUGUUCCACGGGUUAUGGCUUACAGGGAAACAGUAUUGGAAAAGAGAAGCCUCAGUUUUGAAAACUUUUCUAUUGCUUGGGUGUGGGCCAGGUCACAUGGAUUGGGUGUGGGAAGUUUCAGUGUUACAGAACAGACCAGGAAGCUCACUGAAAAUUAUCCCGGAGCUGUGUCAACAAACUUUGAAAAGAGAACACAGAAUUUUUAUUCAAAAUGGAUUGGUUAAACAUCUUUAAAGACUUUUUCAGCAUUGGAAAAGUGAAAAGAAAACCCAGUGUUCCAGAUACGGCAUCUCCUGCUGAUGAUAGCUUUGUUGAUCCAGGAGAACGUCUCUAUGACCUCAACAUGCCUGCUUUUGUGAAGUUUAACUACAUGGCUGAGAGAGAGGAUGAAUUGUCAUUGAUAAAAGGGACCAAGGUGAUAGUCAUGGAGAAAUGCAGUGACGGAUGGUGGCGUGGCAGCUACAAUGGACAAAUUGGAUGGUUCCCUUCAAACUAUGUAACUGAAGAAGGUGACAGUCCUUUGGGUGACCAUGUAGGUUCUCUGUCAGAGAAGUUAGCAGCAGUUGUCAAUAACCUAAAUACAGGUCAAGUAUUGCACGUUGUACAGGCUCUUUACCCGUUCAGCUCAUCCAAUGAUGAAGAACUCAAUUUUGAGAAAGGUGAUGUAAUGGAUGUUAUUGAAAAGCCGGAAAAUGACCCAGAAUGGUGGAAAUGCAGGAAAAUCAAUGGCAUGGUUGGCCUGGUGCCAAAAAACUAUGUUACCGUCAUGCAGAAUAAUCCGCUAACCUCAGGUUUGGAACCAUCGCCUCCACAGUGUGAUUACAUUAGGCCUUCACUCACGGGGAAGUUUGCUGGCAAUCCUUGGUAUUAUGGCAAAGUCACCAGGCACCAGGCAGAGAUGGCAUUGAAUGAAAGAGGGCAUGAAGGAGACUUCCUCAUUCGCGACAGUGAGUCUUCGCCAAAUGAUUUCUCAGUAUCACUAAAAGCACAAGGGAAAAACAAGCAUUUUAAAGUCCAGCUGAAAGAGACUGUCUACUGCAUUGGGCAGCGGAAAUUCAGCACCAUGGAGGAACUUGUAGAACAUUACAAAAAGGCACCGAUCUUUACAAGUGAACAAGGAGAGAAAUUGUAUCUCGUCAAGCAUUUGUCUUGAUACUGCUCGUCAGCAAUGACUGCUACACACUUUAACUCGUCACGCAGCGGAAGACUGAGAAAGUGUUGGGCCAGUUGUGCUUGCUGGGAAAGUGCUGUUUCUAACUGUAUGAGAACUGACUGUACAAUACAUGAGUAUUUUGUUAUGACUCAGCCCAUACAUACAUAUUGCAUAGGCAGUGCAUCUCGUGUAGAAGAGGUCUUUAUUCUUGGUCUUCUGUCUUACUGUUUUCUUUGCUGUUUUUCUCUUUCCUUCCAACAAUUAAGGUUUUGUAUUCUGAAAACAAAUAAUUUGGUUCAAAAUCUUUAUAUGGAAGAAUCCUUUUAUUGCUGUUUCUUUAUUUCCUCGUAAAGCUAUCCUGUUUCCCCACAGUCCCUCUUCAUAUAAAAUUAUAUCUAUAUGGCAUAUGAUAAAGGACAUUUCUUGUAAAGUGUUAAUCUUUUCUGUGACUAAAUAGCAAUAAUAAACAGAAAAUAAGACAUUA